ACUACAUUUAAACGAGAUGAGAUCCAUCUCCAACUUCUCCUCCAUUUCUGGGCCGCUUCCUCGAGGGCAUAGAGGUGGCAAGACUUCUAUCGAACGAGUAUAUUGGUUUAGGCUGUUGGAUUGUAGGUUUUCUAAAACCACUCAUCCAGGUCUGACUACAUUCAUGCCACCAUGUCGCUGCCCUCCUCAUGCGACGUCCUGGUAGCAGGCAGUGGAAAUGCUGGAUUCUCCGCAGCUGUUGCCGCUAGACAAGCCGGAGCCAAAAAUGUCAUUCUCAUCGACAAGUGCCCAGAAGAUUGGGCCGGUGGCAACUCGUAUUUCACCGCCGGCGCAUACCGAACGGUCCAUGGCGGGAAAGACGAUCUCCUUCCACUGGUCAACAACGUCGACGAAGCUGCCGCUGCCAAAAUCGACAUGGAGCCAUACACAAUCGAAGACUUCUCAGACGACAUGAAGAGAGUAUGCGCUGGGAGAUCCGAUCCCGCAUUGAGCAAGAUCUUGAUUGGGGAUUCUAUUUCGGCUGUCAAAUGGCUGAAGAGCAAUGGUAUCCGUUUCCAACUUUCUUUCAAUCGACAGGCAUAUGAGGUAGAUGGCCGAUUGAAAUUCUGGGGCGGACUAGCUUUGAAGACCGAGGAUGGUGGUAAAGGCCUAGUCGAGGACCACAAGGCCGCUGCUCGGAAGCAUGGUAUUUCGGUGUUUUACUCAACUCCCCUCCAACAUCUUCUUACAGAUCCCGCAAGUGGCGCCAUCACCGGCGUUACAGUGUUGGAGAACGGCAGAACGAAGGUCGAUAUAAAAGCGACAGCAGUCAUAUUGGCAGCUGGAGGCUUCGAGGCCAACCCCCGGAUGCGAACACAAUCUCUAGGACCUAGCUGGGAUCUCGCGAAAGUGCGUGGAACGCCCUUCAACACUGGAGACUGUCUCGAAAUGGCAAUGCGAGAUGUAUCAGCAAGGCAAGCGGGCAAUUGGUCAGGUUGUCAUUCGGUAGCUUGGGACGCAAAUGCACCUUCACAUGCCGGUGAUCGAGUGGCUUCGAACGAGUUUACCAAGUCUGGCUAUCCCCUUGGUUUGAUGUUCAAUCUCGCUGGUGAGCGCUUCGUCGACGAGGGUAUCGACCUUCGCAACUAUACAUAUGCAAAAUUCGGCCGAGCAAUCCUCGGUCAACCCGGUCAAAAGGCCUUUCAGAUAUGGGAUCAGCGGAUGAUUCCAUGGCUAAGGUCGGAAGAGUAUCGUGAGGAACGUGUCCGCCAGAUCAAGGCGGAUACUAUCCCCGAAAUGGCCGACAAGCUUGCAGAGUGUGGACUCCAGAAUAAGGAAGCAUUUAUUUCCAGCAUGGAAGCAUAUAACAAGGCUGUUUAUGCAUUUCAAAAAGAACAUCCAGGCAAGCAAUGGGACCCCGCCGUCCGGGAUGGCUGCUCUACCCAGUCUUCGACCAUGAAAUUGCCGCUAGGGAAAACGAACUGGGCAUUGCCACUAGACAAGGGUCCAUUCAUGGCUGUUGAAGUUACCUGUGGUAUCACAUUCACCUUCGGAGGGCUUUCCACUGUACCCGAGACAGCACAAGUCAUAUCUGAAUCUGGCAGAGAGAUUCCUGGCCUCUACUGCGUGGGGGAGAUGAUGGGUGGUCUCUUCUAUGAGAACUAUCCCGGUGGGAGUGGGUUGACUUCAGGGGCUGUUUUCGGAAGGAGGGCCGGUACGGCUGCCGCAAAGGCUCAAUCGAACAUGUUUUCUGCGGCAGCAGAUCGCGCAAAACUCUAGGCUGGCUCUGAACUGCUGCAUCGAGCUCUGGCCUCGUAUCGAGAAAACCGCAGGAUAAGGGAGGGUUGGAAAGACAAGUCUCCUUUGAUAUCGAUGUAAGUCCUUCAAUGGUCAUGCAGUCAGACCGAGCGAGGAGAGACAAAGAACAGGCUUGGUCGGGUCUCUCUGGAGCGCCUCUUUUUGACUCAGUCCGCAUAGCAGCCUGUUCCAUCAUGUACCACGCGUUGUUGGGACUACUAGCGAGGGCUUGCUUAGCGUGGCUUUUCCACCAUUGCAACUUCAGCCACGGGUAGCGGGUACGGGACGUGCCAAGCUCUGCCUC